AUGUGUUUUUUAAAAUUACUCCUUUUAUUUAAACUUAUUUUAUUUGUUUGUUUGACUGAAUGUGUUGAAAGAGAUGAUGCCGGACCUUUGGAAGCCUCUAAAUAUGUUCCGCAACCUCCAUACGGUUUACAUAAAUGUAGCCGUUUCCACACAAAUACCGAAGCAAAAGUCAAUGGAAGGAAACCUUUGUUUUCAAUUCUCAAAGAAAUCAUAACAUCCCAACAACCAAAAGAAACUCGUUGGGAUUGGAUUAACAAACUGUUUUUGCCCAUUCCGCAAUGGCGUAGAGAGGAGACAGCAUUAUUAUACUGCAAGAAUGGGUUGAAAAUGGAAGAUGAACAAAAUUUGUCGAGUUGUCUUGAAGAAAUCUUUAAUGAAUUUAAUCAAAAACCAUUGUCUGAAUUAUUAAAAAACAAUAUCGACGAAAAAAGAGAGCGAUCUGAAUUGUUGGAAGUGUUGAUUAAAGACAGAAGCGAAUCAUUAGCUGAGAGGCUUUAUUCCACCAUAAAUUCAAAUACAAUAGAUUUUGACACUUUAUACGACAUUAUCUUGGCUCGCCCAAAAUUUGAGUUGAAAAAAAUUAUUGAGAAGGAUGAUAAAAUACGUCCAAAAUUGGAAAAAUAUUUAACUGAUAACAAAGAGCAACAAGAUGAAAAUGCUGCGAUAUGGGAUAUUUUAAUUAAUCGAGUUGUAGCUGCUGAAAAACAUACAACUUUUGACAAGGAAGAAUUUAAAGAGGUAUUCGAUAUAUGUAGGGUUAAAUUUAUUUAA